AUGGCUUCAAACCACCGAAGUCUCAAAUUCACUAUUUUUUUAAAACAACGAAACAAAUUGCAAACUUUUAAAAUAAAAAAAAUGACACGAAGAAGAACCAGACCAGAAACACCACCUCAUAUUCGUCAAGACACACGAUAUAAGACCCCCGAACUUGAGGAAACUCAUGAAGAUCGAAGAAGAAGAAAAUCCCGAAAGCUCAGUGCUGCUAAAAAUUAUUAUAAAGCUCUAAACAGCCUAAAUACGACUACACUCAACCCUAUUGGAGCAUCUACUCACUCAACUACUCAAGCCCAAUUAGUUCAAAGGCGCCCCAGAAUGAAUUAUAAUCUUGCUAGAAGCUCAAUUAAAACAUUUAAACCAACAGUUUCCUUAACCAAUUGCUGUCGCAAUGAAAAAGUGGUUUUGGCUCCAUUGGGCAAUGCGCCCGAAUCAAUUAUAAAGCUUCUUACUCAAAAUUCACCCAUAACAGAAGAACUUUAUUUAAAGCAUAUUCAUUCAUUCAAUUCUGUUUUUGCUUUUACAUCAAUGGGAGCAUCGAUUGACUGUGACCUUGCAGAUGGGACCAAUAGGGAUUGUGCUCAAAAAUUCUCGCAAAUAUAUAUAUAUGAUGGAAGUUUUGAGGCCAAAUUACACCAUCGUCACAAUGUAUUUCCUUUUUUAGACCAUGAUAUUUUGACUGAUAUUCAGUAUGAUCUCCAUAUGCAUAAUCCUUUUGCUCAAGUAUUCCGAAGUGCUGGCCAGUUCAUUCGCGGAGGUCAGCCAAUUAUGUUAAAGCUUUUGAGUGGCCAAGACGAAGUUGCGGUUUUACUAAUUGAAAACAAUGCUAACA